CUGGCGUCUUUUGUCUAUUAAAUAUAAAAAGUAAUUGCUGAUAAGAGUGUCAUGUUAAAUAAAUCUAGAAUAUAAAUCUGGGAUUUACAAUAUUUCAACAUAGAAAUGUAUCUGCAGUGAUCAAAUGAGAUUAGGCUACAUCCACUGGUCCUGGCGGAUUUGGUGUAGUUGGCACUAUCUGUCCUGGCUUGAGGGUUUAUGACUUUCUGGGAGUGUAUCAUCUGACUGCUUUUUUCAAGGAUAUACUGCAAAAACUAUGUAGCCGUCACCACCGUAAAUCCUUCUAACACAAGUGACGGCGCAGAGAAAAUAUACUUCUACAAUUACUACAUAUACAUGUUGGUAAGGAAAAGUUUGUUUACAUUAACUAUUACGAUACAGCUAUUCGGCCGAGUGCUGUUUGCGUCAUCUUACUUUUACAGUUGUCAUAUAUCUUACCAAUGCAAAAUGCGUCUGGCGUUAGGAAAUCGAAGAUUUUUUUCAAUAGCAGUAAUCCAUCUGAAACUCCCAUUGCGGAUUUUAACACAAGUCGCGCGGAGAUCACGAAGCAUCAGUCUGUUGAUUUAACGCGCAUAUUUAAAAUGACGACUUUUUACGCACAAGGAAAGAAUAACAAAAAGAGUGCAGCAGUGGAGCCUUUUUUUUUUAAAUUCCUGCCGGUAUCUUGCAAGCCCAUAUCCUGGCAUACAACAGCCGAUUUGUUAUUGAUCAAGUGUGAAAGUGGAGAAAAAAAGAAGAAAGUUGGGAGUUGACAGACUCGCGUGAUGUCGCCAUCCAAAGGGGGGCUGCCAGGCGCACUUAAGACUUACUGCAACGAUCCUUGUUAAAGAGGAAAAAAAUAGAGAAAUAGACGGAUUGUUAGUUAACGCGAGAGAGGGAUGGAGGGGGGUGAGGAAGAAACAGAGAGCGAGCGAGCGAGCGAGAGAGAGAGAGAGGGGGGAGAGAGAGAGAGAGAGAGAGAGAGAGAGAGAGAGAGAGAGAGCGAGCAUGGAUUUGGGCAGGGCUGUGGUUACCCAGCAUAAGCUUGCCUUUUCCUUCGGUGACUACACCCCAAGAGGAGGAGCGUAGUGUGCAGCGUAGUAGGCGUCAGGAUCCUCAAUUUCCAACUUAGCAUCUUGGCAGGACAUUUUCCCAAGCAAAGCCCCAGUCCGACGGGUAAAAAAAAAAACUUCUGCACGGGCAUGAGAGCGGCGGUGCAACUCAGAUAAGGGAGCAACAGAAAAACAAAACGAGACAACAUAUCCGACGGGCAGUGGCUGCGACCAAAAUAAUCCAUCCAACAUCUAAGCUCUUUUUUAUUUUACCACUUUUACUUUUUUUGUCCUCACCGUUGUCAUUUAGAAGCGGGGACAGACAGCGGGUCUGCAGACACACGGCUCUAUGCGCUCCGACAGCAGCGCAUGAGAAAAUAAAGGGGGUAAAGUGCGCAAGUUAAGUGGCUUACACUCUCCGGGCUCCAGCAUGGCGUAUCCUCAGGGCUACUUGUACCAGCCGUCCGCUUCUUUAGCCCUGUAUUCAUGCCCUGCGUACAGCACCAGCGUUAUAUCGGGACCCAGAACCGAGGAACUUGGGAGAUCCUCUUCGGGAUCUGCUUUUGCGCCCUAUGCCGGAUCUACUGCGUUCACCAGCGCCUCGCCAGGUUACAACUCCCAUCUACCAUACAGUGCAGACGCGGCGGCAGCUGCCACAUUCACCUCGUACGUGGUGAGUAAACUAAAGAGUUCUCCCUAUGACCACACCACGGGUAUGGCUGGCUCAAUAGGAUACCACCCUUACGCAGCACCCUUGGGCACCUACCCUUAUGGUGACCCAGCAUACCGUAAAAACGCAACCCGGGACGCCACUGCCACCUUGAAGGCCUGGCUCAACGAACACCGCAAAAAUCCCUACCCAACCAAGGGCGAGAAGAUCAUGCUGGCCAUCAUCACCAAAAUGACCCUCACCCAGGUGUCCACAUGGUUCGCCAACGCCAGGAGGAGGCUAAAGAAGGAGAACAAGAUGACCUGGACCCCCAGGAACCGGAGCGAGGACGAGGAGGAGGACGAGAAUAUUGAUUUGGAGAAAAAUGACGACGACGAGCCAAACAAGCCCACAGACAAGGGAGACUCCACAGACACAGAAGCAGAUCAUAAAUUGCUGAACCCAGGGGACAUAGGCUGUGACAGAUUUAAAGAGGAGAACCAUGGCAAAGACACGGAUCCCCUUCUGAGCGACACGGAGUUAAAAGAGCAGGAGGAGCGGACUACAGAGUUGCUGCCGGAUUCCGCAAAACCAACUACUUCGUCUCCCUCGGCGGUGCCCCGGGGGAACCAGACCGUUGCGCAACAAGACAAGCCGUCAGAUUUGAGCCAUGCAACGGGUACGGUGACCAGCAACGUGACCUCUGUUAUCCAUUCGCCCCCCUCGGCCCCUAAACCCAAACUCUGGUCCCUUGCGGAGAUCGCCACGUCCUCAGACAGGUGUAAAGGCAGCAGCGAGGCGCCACAGGCUUGUCCCGGUUUGGGUCAGAGCGCAGUUAUGGGCACCAACGCGUCACCAUCACGGUCCUCCCCACAGUGUCCGCUCCCUAACAGCACGGUCCUGUCCAGGCCUCUGUACUACACCUCCCCUUUCUACCCCGGCUACACGAACUAUGGUGGCAGUUUUGGACACCUUCACAGUAACCACGGCUCGGUAACCACGGGCUCCACGGCACAUUUCAAUGGAUUAAACCAGACUGUGUUAAAUAGAGCAGAGGCUUUGGUAAGGGAGAGCCAGAAAGUCAGAGGCCAAACGCAGGUAGAUCUUUGUAAAGACUCCCCUUAUGAACUAAAGAAAGGUAUGUCAAACAUUUAACACCUGAUUAUUUUCCAGUCACCGCGGACUUUUAUUUAUUUUUUGUGGUUGCAUAAAAAAAAAGACAAAGAACAAUGAUGAAGCCAAUUUCUGAGAACAGUUAUUUUCUGAGUAAAUGCUUAUUCUCAAAUUUUUAGUUUCUGAAUGGUUAAUCCCACAAUGUAACAAGAAUGGUCUUAAUCGCUGCAGCCGCCGGAGUCUAUUUGUAUUAAAGACUAACAUGUAUAUUUAAUGUAGCAUUUUUGUAUUUAAAAUGGACAAUACACUAUCUUUGAAGUAAAUUAUGGAAAAAAAAUAUAUACUUGUGCAGCGAUUGUUUUGGGGAGCAGUUGUCAAUUCCUGAUAUGUGUCUAAAGUGCUUUAAGGCCAAUUCAUUUAUACGAAAUAUCAAUUCAAUUUUUGCACCGUGACAGAUGUUUCAAUGGCAAUUAUCAUUUCAAAAUGAGCACUGGCGCACUUGAAAGAAAAAGGCCUACAUUCAGCAAAAGGAUGUUGUCAUAUCUAAAGAAUAAAAGGGUUCAGUUUGUUUUGGUUGAUGGAAAAUAUUCAUAGAUUUUCUGUGAGAGAAAAAUGUUGGAUAUAUCACGGAGGUUUAUUUUUGGUCCAUGCUUUUCACCAGUUUAUUUAUGUUAUUAAAAAUACACCCAGGGCCUCCUCGAGCACGUUUCUAAAAGUGGAUAUUGAUAUAAUAACAACACCGAGGCGCAGUCAUUUAACCCAAUUACCUAUCGUGUUUUAUGCAGAGCAAUCAGGUGGUGAACUCCGGUAAUGAGCUCGAUUUUAUGCCAAAUUUAGACCUCAUUACUAUUUUCCAAGGCGUGGCAAAGCUGUUAAAAGAGACGCGGCCAUGCAUUUAGAACAUUACUGGCCUAUUAUAUAUCAUUUGGCGCGUUAGAUGUGAAACAUUGCUGUUUGGAGAAAAGUGAGAAGGCUGUCAUGCACACAGCAGAGACAAGACAGAUAUUAUUAUGUAGUGUGCAGCCGGUAGCCAGGCACUGUCCUCUAACUCUUCCAGCUUCUGCAGGUAGGUGUCACACUUGCUCCUAAUUUCAGGGGGGACUCUUUGUUAAUCCGUCACGGAAACCCAUCCCUGAUCAAAUGGCUUGGUUAAAAAGAAGUGGAGCCAAUGGGGCACACACAAUGAUCACAGUUAUUAUGAGGAUUAUAGCAACUUUGACAAGUGGAUAAAAAAAAAGGCAUCCAUUACUUGACCGACAUGCAGAACAAAAACAAUAAGGUUAUUUCCCAAGCACUGAGGAUAAUGUUUUUUGUUUUGUUUUUUUCUUUUCUUGAUGGUUUAUUAAAUUCGGAGCCAUGCAUUCAAAGAAAAAUAAUAAUUAUAAUUAUAGCCUCAUAUAUAAAUUUGUAUUCUUAUUAUUAUACAUGUGUAUUUUGACCCUUUCUCAGUAUUGGAACAGCUGUAGGCCACUAAAG